AUAUCGUUGUGACUUGCCGACCUGUGCUUCCAUUCUUAUCCAAGAAACCUUCCACAGGGCAGCAGAGAAUUACAUAUCCCUGAGUGUGUCGAUAGAUAUUCUGUGAAACGCAAAAGAAUAAUACGAGUGAACUUGUUGCCCUGAAAAGAAAAUUUGGUAGCAGGGAGAGAGCAUAUAGUGAGCUGCCAGAACCAAAUGUCACAGCAUAUCAACAGAGGUGGGAUGAGUUCCCCAUACAGUGGAGAGUCUGCUUCUCCAUACUCAGACCACUCAGCUGGAGUACCGUCUCCGCCUACAGUAGUGACUGCCUACAAUCGCCCAUAUGAAGCUGUUCACCACGAUGGGGCAUUCAUUCAAAUACUGGAGCAGCCACAGUCUAAAUUCCGGUUCCGCUACAAGAGUGAGAUGGUGGGCACCCAUGGACAGCUGAAAGCAGAUCGAUCAGACAAAAAUAAAGCUGUUUUUCCUACAGUAAAGCUUGCAAAAUGGAAUCACGGACCAGCUGUAAUUCGUCUGAUGCUCUAUACAGCAGAAGACAACAUAAAUCAGAGAAAACGACAUGUUCAUGAACUGUCCGGAAAGCAGUGUUGCAAGGAGACGGGUAUCUGUGAGGUUGUUGUCGAUGAAAAAGUUGACUACACUGCUGUGUAAGUAUUUUAUUGCAUUGAUUUGCAAAU